CGGGGCGGAGUUUAGACCCCAGCGGGCUGUACACACAGGCACAGGGGGCCCCACCGACGUGGAUAGUGCUGUCGUAGCGACACCGAGCAGAGAGCAGCGGGUCGUGGAUCUAAUUCGUCGACGGAUUGUCAAAGUUCGCCAGCCUGCCAGUGCAGCACCGGACGGACAGAACCAGGAGCCUUUUUCUCUCUCGACCUCCUCUCAUUAUGGCUGAGACUAAGGGGAAAUUCGACUUUGCCAUCGAUCGGGGCGGCACCUUCACCGACGUGUUUGCCCGGUUGCCCGACGGUCGCGAAAGAGUCCUGAAACUGCUCUCCCGAGACCCCCAGAACUACAAAGACGCUCCCACCGAGGGGAUCCGCAGAGUCCUGGAAGAGGAAACGGGGAGGGCCUUUCCUCGCCACCAGCCCGUUGACACCUCUUCGAUUGGCUGGAUCCGAAUGGGCACCACGGUGGCGACCAACGCUCUGCUGGAGAGAGAAGGCGAAAGGACGGCGCUUCUGGUCACAAAGGGCUUCAAGGACCUGCUGCACAUCGGCACACAGGCCCGGCCAAAGCUGUUCGAUUUGGAGGUCGCGAUGCCCGAUGUGCUGUACGAGGAGGUAAUAGAAGUGGACGAGCGAGUCGUCCUCCAGCAAGACGACUGCCUGCUGCCCAGGAAAGAUGCCAAACGUGUCGUCACAGGCAGCACCGGGGACUCUCUGGAGGUGUGGCAGGAGCUGGAUCUUGAGUGUGUGGAGAAAGACCUGAGGGGAGUCUUGUCCCGCGGGAUCACCAGCCUGGCUGUCCUCUUGCUGCACUCGUACACAUGGUGCGACCAUGAGAAAGCAGUGGGCGCCCUGGCCCGCUCUCUGGGCUUCACACAGGUGUCUCUGUCCAGCGAGGUCAUGCCCAUGGUGCGGGUGGUGCCCCGGGGCUACACCGUCUGCGCCGACGCCUACCUCACACCCAAGAUUCGUCAGUACUUGAAAGGCUUCACCUCUGGCUUCGAGGGCGGCCUGAAGGAGGUGGACGUGCUGUUCAUGCAGUCGGACGGGGGUCUGACUCCCAUGGAUCAGUUCUGUGGUUCGCGGGCCAUUCUGUCCGGCCCAGCUGGGGGUGUGGUGGGAUACGCCAUCACCUCCUACAGCCAGAUGGAGAAGAUGCCUGUGAUUGGCUUUGACAUGGGCGGAACAUCCACAGAUGUGAGUCGAUACGCUGGCCAGUAUGAGCAUGUGUUUGAGGCUACCACAGCUGGAGUCACCCUGCAAGCUCCACAGCUGGACAUCAACACCGUGGCUGCAGGAGGAGGGUCUCGACUCUUCUUCAGGUCAGGGAUGUUUGUGGUCGGACCGGAGUCUGCAGGUGCACAUCCAGGACCGGCAUGCUACAGGAAAGGUGGCCCCCUGACUGUGACCGAUGCAAACUUGGCCCUGGGACGACUCCUCCCGUCCUUCUUCCCAAAGAUCUUCGGGCCGGGGGAGAACGAGCCACUGUCCUCGGAGGAGACCAUGAAGCAUUUCCGUCAUCUCACCCAGGAGAUCAACCUCUCCCUGAUUUCCAACCAGUCACAGGUUAGCACAACUGGAGCCAACCACUCACACGGCCACGCGUUGCCAGACAGUCGGUCAGAGAUGAGCGUGGAGGAUGUCGCCAUGGGAUUCAUCCACGUCGCUAACGAGGCCAUGUGCCGGCCAAUCAGAGCUCUGACGCAGGCUAAGGGCCAUGAUACAUCUCAGCAUGCGUUAGCAUGUUUCGGUGGUGCGGGCGGCCAACACGCUUGUGCUAUUGCCCGAGCCCUCGGAAUGAAGACUGUCUUCAUACAUAAGUACAGCGGCGUGCUCUCGGCCUACGGCCUGGCUCUGGCUGACGUAGUGGAGGAGGUGCAGGAGCCAUGCUCGCUGCAGUAUGAGCAGCGCUGUUUCGGCGAGCUCGACCGGAGGGUGGAGCAGCUCUCAAAACGCUGCCACGAUACGCUCGGUGCACGUGGCUUCGACAGCGGUCAGGUCACCACUGAGGUUUUCCUCCACUUGCGUUACAAGGGCACCGACUGUGCGCUCAUGGUCACCGCUGCCGGUUCCCCCAGCGACGCCCAGUCCUGUCGGGCCGGAGACUUCCGCAGCGCCUUCACCAAACGUUACUUGAAGGAAUUUGGAUUCACCAUCCCUGACAGAGCCAUCAUGGUGGAUGACAUUAGAGUGAGGGGCUGUGGAAUAUCUGGUAUCAAAUCAGUGUACAAAACAAAGAUGGGAUCCGGACAUGCCAAGCCUGUCACGACGACCAAGUGCUACUUUGACGAUGGUUACCUGGACACCAGUGUGUAUUUAUGGGAGGAGCUGCCAUGUGGUCACAACAUUCAGGGACCAGCCAUUAUCAUCGACAAGAACAGCACCAUCCUGGUGGAGCCUUGCUGUGAGGCCCGUCUGACAGAGGGGGGCGAUGUUUGCAUCACCGUGGGCUCAGACCCUCACUGUGCCCUGGGCACUGAGCUCAACACUGUGCAGCUCUCCAUCUUCUCCCACCGCUUCAUGAGCAUAGCAGAGCAGAUGGGCAGAGUUCUCCAAAGGACCUCCAUCUCCACCAACAUCAAGGAACGCCUCGACUUCUCUUGUGCCGUGUUCGGACCCGACGGCGGCCUCGUGUCCAACGCACCUCACAUACCUGUUCACCUGGGCGCCAUGCAAGAGACUGUCCAGCACCAGAUCAGAUCACUGGGGAACGAGCUGAGAGAAGGGGAUGUGAUUCUGAGUAACCACCCGUGUGCAGGGGGCAGCCACCUUCCAGACCUCACAGUCAUCACACCCGUGUUUAGAAAAGGAGUGAGCCGCCCAGUGUUCUUUGUAGCCAGCAGAGGGCACCAUGCCGACAUAGGUGGCAUGACUCCAGGGUCCAUGCCCCCACACUCCACCUCCCUUCAGCAGGAGGGCGCUGUGUUUUUCUCCUUCAAACUUGUCACUGGAGGGGUCUUCCAGGAAGAGGCGGUUACUGAAGCUCUGAUGGCUCCAGCCCAGUACCCAGACUGCUCUGGGACUCGUAAUCUCCAUGACAACCUGUCAGAUCUGCGGGCUCAGGUGGCAGCCAAUCAGAGGGGCAGCCAGCUGGUGGGGGAGUUGAUCGACAGCUACGGUCUGGCUGUGGUCCAGGCCUAUAUGGGGUACAUUCAGAGUAAUGCUGAGCUGGCUGUGAGGGACAUGCUGAGAGACUUUGCUCGUCGUCGACGGCAACAGACGGGAUCCUUGGAGGUGGAGUCGGAGGAUUUCAUGGAUGAUGGGACGCCAAUCAGGCUGCGGGUCCAGAUUAAUGAAGAGGAGGGCAGUGCAGUGUUUGACUUCACAAGGACUGGGACGGAGGUGUGGGGGAACUGCAAUGCUCCCCGGGCCAUCACCCUAUCUGCCCUCAUCUACUGCCUGCGUUGCAUGGUCGGACAGGACAUCCCGCUCAAUCAGGGUUGUCUGGCACCAAUCAAAGUCAUCAUCCCUCCCGGCUCGAUCCUCCAGCCUUCCCAGGAUGCAGCUGUGGUCGGAGGAAACGUUCUCACGUCUCAGAGGGUGGUUGACGUCAUCUUUAGGGCAUUUGAAGUGUGCGCCGCUUCACAGGGCUGCAUGAACAACAUCUCAUUUGGCAGCGAGAGUACUGGUUACUAUGAAACAGUCGCCGGGGGAGCGGGGGCGGGGCCAGGCUGGAAUGGGCGGAGUGGAGUUCACAGUCACAUGACCAACACCCGCAUCACUGACCCCGAGAUUCUGGAGAAGAGGUAUCCGGUGAUCUUGGAGCAGUUCUCUCUGCGGCCCGGCUCAGGGGGUGCAGGGUCGCACUGCGGUGGAGACGGUGUGAUCCGCAAGCUUCUGUUCAGGAACAAAGUGAUUCUUUCUGUACUGACAGAGAGGCGAUCCAUUUGCCCCUACGGCCUCCAGGGGGGGGAGGAUGGUGCAGCAGGGCUGAACCUGCUCCACAGGGCGAACGGCAGAGUCCUCAACCUGGGAGCCAAAGCCAGCAUCAGCCUUCAUCCUGGGGACAUGUUCUGCCUCUACACGCCCGGAGGAGGAGGAUACGGAAGAGAAGAGGAAGCCAACCGUCGACCUCGGUCCAAGCUUAGGCGCUUGAAUGAGACUUUCCUCGAGAGGGGCAGCGUAUUCGAAUACCGAAUGGCACAAGAGGGAGUGUGAGAGGAAAUAAGAAAGCAAGGGAGCGUUAACAGACGAGCCAAAGGUGGGGAGGAGGGAAACAGAUCAGGAAAUCACAGGAACACAAGCACAGAGAAAGAUGGGAAAGACGGAGUGAGGCUCUUUGAUAAAGACGGAAAGAUGCUUCAAAAUGAGGAAGGAAAACGGCAGUAUCAUUAUACUGUGAUAAAGACCAAGACGUAGGCUAGCAACAGGUUCUACUGUCAAUACCACAAGGACAAAAUGUUUUUAACAGUGACACUUUUUUGCAUUAUGUGUAUCUGGGUGUAAUGGACAUUUAACAUACGUUCAUUAUCUAUACGGCUUAUCCUUUUGGGAUAGGACCGCAGAGAUUGGGCAAGAGUCGUGGGCACAACCCCCGACAUGUCGCUCGUCUAUCACAGGGCCUACACAUUAUCUGUUUUAUUUAGACACGAACGCCGGAAAAUGUCCGGGAAAUUUGGUCUGGACAAACAGCAGGAACGUUCCUGGAACAUUCAUGCGAGGAAUGGGGCCUGGGUAGAACGCCUCACUCACUCGAUGUGACUCUUCCAGAGAUUCUUCCUGCUGCAUUCUCUCAUUGGCUCACUCUGACAUUUUCUAGAAAUUUUACUGUGCGAGGGGGUUGGCAGGAAAAGUUCAGGAAAGUGUCUGGAGCAACAUUUGCAGACAUUUGCGUUUUGACAUAGUCGCUCGGGAAAAGUUCAGGAAAAUGCACUCUGUUGCAUAUCUGAUAGCAGCAAGAGAGAAGAACAACCAUUCGUGCACAACAAACUAAAUGGAACUAAGCACAUUUCUGUAAUAGAUAAAAUGUGUUGCUCAGUUAAGCGUAACAUUUCACUUGUUCAUCACAAUACUUUUCCUACAGUAACCAUGAGUCUGUUUAGACAUACCAUUUUGAUAAAGCAUAAUACAAUGUACAUUUCCAAGAAUCAAAAUUUUAUGGAAACCCUAAAGACCAAGCUAAGCCUACAUCCGUUUAUUUUCUGCUUACUCACCUCAAGUUUUUACAUUAAUUCUAAUUUAAAUGCACAUGAAGAUGAGGCCAACCUGGUUUAACUGGAACUGUCACUUAUCUAACACCACAACUUGAUGAAAACAGACAAAUAAACACAGUUUCUACAAAUACUUUUCAAAAUUAAGUAUUUUUUUCCUGAGAAAUUAGUAGUUUCACAUUGUGUCGGGUGGGCGGGGCCUGUUAAUAAAGAAAUUGUUAAAAAUCUAA